AGCCCGAGAUGGUUUGAUCUCUCAUUUGGCUCUCUAAAUACUAGCUUUCCGAGGCUACAAUAGUGGCUGAACACCUGUUCUAUUUGUUUUGGUGAUUUGAAAUUCUAAUUUUGAGAGAACUCGCAGCCGCUCGCCAGACUCAACGAUGAGGUCGUUUACACUAACCGCUAUUCUCUUGACGUUACUCACUUUCACUUAUGGGCAACCUUUGACCACCUAUUACUUUCCAAAUUACUAUUGUAAUCAAUCGAUUUGUCCAAGUGGUGGUCCUCACGUAGCGUGCAACUCACCGUAUCCGUUCGGCUACAGUUGCAACGGAAAACAACCACAGCUGGUGAGCAUGAGCACCGAUCUGCAGGCUCAGAUUCUUGAUCAGCAUAACAGGCAACGAUCCCUGCUGGCCAGCGGUCAACUGCCAGGUUAUCCUCCCGCUGCAAAAAUGCCCACACUUCAGUGGGAUCUGGAGCUACAAUACUUAGCAGAAGCAAAUGCACGGUCAUGUGAGUACGGCCAUGACAAGUGUCGUAAUACGUACUGGAGUAAAUAUGUUGGGCAGAAUAUUGCCAUUAUAAGGCACUUUGGACUGCAGAUCUCAAAACCGGAAGCUAUUAAAUAUUUCAUUGAUGCAUGGUUCAACGAGUACGUUUACGCCCGGGCAUAUGUGGACAGCUAUCCUCAGUACUAUUAUGGGCCACAGAUAGGACAUUUUACACAAAUCAUUAGUGAUCGCACUGUCAAAAUCGGAUGUGGUAUGGUUACUUACAAAACAUAUAACGGAGAUGUUUGGACGAAUGAUUAUUUUGUAUGUAACUACUCAUUCACAAACAUUAUUGGGCAACCAACCUACAUCAAAGGAGCGCCGGGGUCGCAAUGUGUUUCCGGAGUCAGCGCAGUAUAUCCCGGACUUUGUAAUUGAUGAUAAAAAUGAUCACAGGCAUAAUAACUCAAAGAUUUCAAUCUAAAUCUGA